AUGGCCCCACAGAGAGCUGUGCGGCUGUCCCUGAAGAAGCCCACCUAUGCAGUGUGUGUGGUGGGAGUCGAGACAUAUGUGGAUGUUCACAGGGAUGUACCCAAGGGUGCUGAGACCUUUGGGGUCUCCGGGAGCUCUGGGGUGGAGAUCUCCAUGGCCUAUGAUCCAGCACGGGUGACAGAGCCCACAGGAAAGGCCCACUGGCCCCUGAGCGCCUAUGUGGAUGUGAUCAUAUCUGUGGACACAGCCAGUAAGGACUUAAAUGAUAUCAAGGUGAAGGUCUCCUACUUCAGGCGGCACGAGGACGAUGCCCUGGGCCACAGCGUGCUCUAUCUCACUGGCGUUGACAUCUCCCUCGAUGUUGACACGGGCCGCAAAGGCAAGGUGAAAAGGGGCCAAGGCGACAAGAAAAGCUGGCGCUGGGGCCCUGAGGGCUAUGGGGCCAUCCUGCUGGUGAACUGUGACCGGGAUAGUCUCAGGUCCAGGGGCCUUGACCAUGCCGACAGCCAGCUGACAUCACUGGAUGACCUGAAGGACAUGUCCCCGAUGGUGCUGACCUGCGAUGGCCCCGACAAACUCUUUGACAACCACAUGCUGGUCUUGAAUGUGUCAUAUUCUGAUUCCAAAAGAUUGGGGGUCUUCUGUGCUCGGGGUGGGAAUUCCCUCUCAGACUACAAGCAGGUGCUGGGGCCCCAUCAUCAGUCCUACAAAGUGGAGCGGCAGCCAGGGGAGCGGAAGAUCAGCUUCUACGUGGAGGGGCUCACCUUCCCUGACGCUGAUUUCGUGGGGCUGGUCUCCCUCAGCGUCAGCCUGGUGGACACAGAGACACUGCCCGAGGUGCCCCUCUUCACAGACACUGUGGUCUUUCGCAUGGCCCCCUGGAUCAUGACCCCCAACACCCAGCCCCCCCUGGAGCUGUAUGUCUGCAGCGUGAUAGACCCUCAUGGCUCAAACGAGAAAUUUCUGGAGGACAUGUCUGACCUGGCGUUGAAAGCCAACUGCAAGCUGAUCAUCUGCCCUUUGACCGCAAAUCAAAACGACCGCUGGAUCCAGGAUGAGAUGGAGUUUGGCUACGUGGAGGCCCCACACAAAUCCUUCCCAGUGGUCUUUGACUCCCCCCGAGACAGAGGCCUGAAGGAUUUCCCCAAGAAGAUCCUGGGUCCUGACUUCGGAUAUGUAACCCGGGAAGUCCCAUUCUCGGGCGCCUCCGGCCUUGACUCCUUCGGCAACCUGGACGUCAGCCCGCCGGUCACCGUGGGCAGCAAGGCGUACCCCCUGGGCCGCAUUCUCAUCGGCAGCAGCUACCCCAAGUCAGGUGGGCGUCGAAUGGCCAGGGUGGUGCGUGACUUCCUGAAGGCCCAGCAGGUGCAGGCACCUGUGGAGCUGUACUCUGACUGGCUCUCCGUGGGCCACGUGGAUGAGUUCCUGAGCUUUGUGCCUACCUCCGACCAAAAGGGCUUCCGGCGGCUCCUGGCUAGCCCCAGCGUCUGCCUCAGACUGUUCCAAGAGAAGAAAGAGGAUGGGCACGGGGAGGCGGCCCAGUUUGACGGAUUAGAACACCAGGUGAAGAGAAGCAUUAAUGAAAUGCUGGAGGACAGAAGCCUCCGGAGCGACAGUCUUUAUGUACAGAAAUGCAUCGACUGGAACCGGGAGGUGCUGAAGCGGGAGCUGGGCCUGACCGAGCAGGACAUCGUGGACAUCCCCCAGCUCUUCUUCCUGAGGGGAUCCUAUGCGGAAGCCUUCUUCCCGGAUAUGGUCAACAUGGUGGUUUUAGGCAAGUACCUGGGCAUCCCCAAGCCCUUCGGGCCCAUCGUCAACGGCCGCUGCUGCCUGGAGGAGAAGGUGCGGUCGCUGCUGGAGCCGCUGGGCCUGCACUGCACCUUCAUCAACGACUACUUGUCCUACCACAAGCUGCUCGGGGAGAUCCACUGUGGCACCAACGUGCUCCGGAAGCCCUUCCCCUUCAAGUGGUGGCACAUGGUUCCCUGAGCCCACUCCCCGCCCGCCAUCUUCUCUGCCCGCCUGCCAACGAACCCUGUCCGAGUGAGAGUGAGGAACCUCCCCCGGGCAUCCAUCCUCUCGGGGAGCCUUGGGCACAUCCCCCCGAGUAUCUGCAAACGUGCUGGCCACUGUAAGCACCGGGACACAGGGAUGGAUGCCAAGCGUCCUUGCCUCUGGCACGGCCUGCCCAGCCCCAGGACUGCCCUCAUUCCUCCCUCUCUUCCGCAACUCCCAGAGGCUCUGGAGAUCGACAGCCCUUCCACGUUCGAGGUGGGCGGUGUGUGGCCUUGGCAGUGCUCCGCUUUCAAUUUCUCCCCCGAGUCCUGACACUCCCUUUGGGUUCGCACCAGGAAUGGGGCCCCGGGGGCCUGUGCUCUGGUGCAAGGGCCCUGGGUCUAGGCCACCUGUGGCUCUUGUAAGACAAGGAAGGGGGACCCGAGGCACCUUCUUUCCUCAACCAACUAUCUUCUCUGGCAGGGGACCCCAGGCUGUGACCUCCCAGCACCAUCAGCCAUAUUUACAUAGGCAAAUAAGGACCGGAAAACCCAGCUUCAGAGGGCCUGCUUUAAAAAGAAAAAAAAAAAGGCAACAAAAACCCUUUAAUACUUGACUCUGUCCUCAGAAGGGUGCUUGUUACCUGUGUGAAAGGCCUGUAAUUAAGAGUGCUGGCUGCUUCCAGCUCCAAAAUGCUGCAAGGCUAAAGCGAGGCCUGGGAGGGCACACGGAGCAAGGCCUGGCAGGAGGGGCGGAGGCCAGGAUGGCAGAGAAGGCCGAGGCAAGAGGACAAAACCUGGGGCCUGGCUUCUGUGUCCUUGGGCUCCUGGGCUUUGGACUCUGGACUCUGGAUGUGAAGGUGGCUAGCUGUUCCAGAUGUAGCAGGGAGUGGAGGCCCAGAGGUUGGAAGAGGGUGCGGGGGCCAUUAGGUUAUCUCUGAAGGUGGGGUUUAAUUUCCUUUAAUAGUCUCUAAUUAUUCCCCUUCCUUCUGCAGGCAGUGGGAGGGGAGGCUUGCCUGGUUUCUCUCAGCAAGCCGGAGACCCUGUGUGUAGCUUGGGUUUCCCCUGUGAGUAAACCCCAGUGGCAGCCCUGUGUCCCCUCCCAUAGAGGGGAAGAUGGAGCUGCCACAGGGGUUAAUAGUCUGGCCCCGGGUGAGGUCACCGAGACCUGCAUAGGCAGGCAGGCUUGUCCAGUGAAGGGCAAGAGAUGGCCCCUGGCCCAGGAAUGGCCACUGGGGAGCUGGCCUGCUCCCCCCACUGCCUGUGGGGCCAUGUCAGGACCUCAGCCCCCAGGCCUUCAUCUUCUGGGUUUUCAGUGGCCCCUCGUGAGUCCUAGAUUGUCGCGAGACUUAGGCUGAGCCAGCUGCCUUAAACUCUUGUAGCCUUAAAACACGUAGUAAUCAGAAGCUUACAUGGAAACGCAGCGCAUGAACCUGAUAAAAACAGAACUGCUCUGGUUUAAGGUGGUGGGGGCACCACCUCGACUUCCAGAAGGUUCUCUGGAAUCCCAUUUGCAAGCCCAUGGUCUAACCUGCUCACUCUCUGAUUAUAAUCGUGAGGACGCCUAGACUGAGCCAAGAGGAGAAGGAAGCUCUUCAGGGGCCAAGGGUGUGUGGUGGCCCAGGCUGGACCAGGAAAAGGAUGGAGAGGGGAGGUGGUAUUGCAGAGAGAUGGGGGCGGGGAGCACGUCUUCUAGAGCGAUGCUGUGUGAUAAGUGCUGGAAUGGCUGUUGGGGCUGUUGGAGAUGCUGCUGUCCCCUGUGAGAAUAUUCUGGGUGACCGGUCACCUCUUUUCUGAUUAAUAAAAAUGUCG